UUUAGAUUUAAUCUCCAAGCUAAUUUUUUAAUCUUUUCUAUACAUACUAACUUGUUUUUAUUUUGUUUUAUCAGAUUCUUACAUUUUUUCAUAGGAUUCCAACUUUUUAAACUAAUAGUUCUAUUCAUUAAUAGUUUUUAAAACUAUUUUAAAUAUAAUUUCACGAGCAAAUUUCUAAAUAAUUUUGAAAAUGACAUUUUUUAAUUUCUCCCUUAACACUGUACAAAAGUUAAGAUGUAACACAAUUGGUAAAUUGUGUAGAGGAUUGGUAACAAAGAGCGAAGCGACCUGCACCCGGAAGGUGUAUGGCGAAAAUGAUAAGGUAACCUUGGGCCCACCCACCUAUACAAUUUUUUCACCAGAGGUGUGUCUAACGCUAAAGCUAAAACGUGAUGAAUUGACGGGCGACAACGGUCUUUUGCUGACUGGAAUGACCCGUUUGAAGGACGGCUCUAACUCCUUCAAUAAGAACUCCAGAAUCUCCUCAGUUCUCCCAAUGGAGACUCUGGAUCGCCUGAGUGAGGCUAUAACUAGAAGUUCAGAACACCCAGUCACCUUUGAAGCUCUAGACGGUGGCUCAGUAGUUGUAACAAACAACAGUGAUACUUUUUCGAUAAAGUUAUAUCCCAGCCUCCCUGGCCUUAAUCUAACUCCUGGAAUGCUUCCAACAAAUAAACCAAACUCCCACAUUAAUUUUACAGGGAAUCAUAAUGAACAUGCUCUACUCAAGCAUGCUCUACACGACCUCUCAACUUCAAAUUGUUAAUUUAUUACACAGUUUA